AUGGUGCCGUACCUGCGUCUCCUUGGGGUGGCUCAGACCCGUCCAGGCAGUAGCGAGGGACUGCUGUACCAGCAGAUCUUCUGGAGCAUCAAGCCGCAGCCAGCGUCGUUAUGGGAGUGCCAGUUCACCCCGCUUGUGCGUUUGUAG